AUGUCUGAAUAUUUUGCCAAACUUGGAGAAGGAGGGCCUGACGAUCAUCUUAGAACUCAUGCCCGGAAUGGGCCAGCUUCCCACGAUGAAGCUACCAUUCAAUCUGCCCCUACCACAUCUGGAGCAUCUACAGGCACUCGGAGAAGAAAAAACAACAGAUCCUCAAGCUUAAGCGGAGAAGCACAAUCAGGUCAACAUCACGAGCAGCACGAAGCAAAAUCAAACAGACGCCGCCGCAGGAAGUCCGUGCAGAAAAGCUUAGAUCUAGCUUUGGGUCAUAGCUCGGAGAAGUUUGAAAAUUCCAUCAGCCAUUCCAUAGCAGCCUCCAUAGCGUCUGCGCCCACGGUGCAACAUCAUGUCCGGCGUUCUGGACGGCGUUCGGGGCCAGGGUCCAAACGGCAUCAUGUUAGCUUGUCGCCAAAGAGGAAUUCAGAGGGGCAGCCCCGUAGCACAAAAAGAAGUUUGUCACCACACCGGGCUACUGGUGGAUCUCGUGCCGUACAAAGAAGUAUCUCGCCUACUAAUAGACAGGUUUCUCGUGACAAUUCUCGUGGUGCUCGGCGAAGAUCUCGAGAAAAGUCUCCUGGACAACAGUCCCCAUCGAGGUCCUUGCGAGGCGGAAGAAAAAUCAAUAUGCAUGAUAGCGUCAGUACAAGUGGUGUACAAAGGAGUAUUUCGCCUACUAAUAGACGGGUUUCUCGCGACAACUCUCGUGGCGCAAGGCGAAGAUCUCGAGAAAAGUCUCCUGGACAGCUGUCCCCAUCGAGGUCCCUGCGAGGCGGAAGACAAAGCAACCUACAUGAUAGCGUCAGUACGAGUGGGAUGAUGUCUCUAGCUAGAAGUGCUGCCACUGAGCCCACUACGCGGAAAGCGAGACAUUCGAGAUCUCCUCAUCGUUUGGGUGCCAGCAAAGCUGAUGGAGCCUCGGUCACUUCGCCGGGUACCGCAAGCACACCCAAGUCGCGGUCAAUGUCACCCUUAAUCAAAGGGCACAGAGGCCCAUCAGCAUUGGUAAGCCUGCUUGAAGAGAGGAAAGAACCGGAGCAGAGAAUUAGAACAAGAGGGCAGCAUACACAUGAUUCUAAUCAAAAGCACAAGAUCAGCGAUCAAGAACGAAAACGACGGCAUAGUCAUGACAAUAGUCGACACGCGGAAGGCGCUGGGAAAAUGCCCAAACCACCAAAUCUUCCCCAACGAGUUCAGAGUGAUAUCAUCGGGGGUCAUGCCAAUGACGUCAAUCAUAAGCACAAGAUCAGCAACAAAGAAAAAGUACGAAGGCACAGUCACGACAAUAGCUUACACACAAAAGAUCAUCCGCGAUUGCUCAAGCCAACUGCUUCUACGAGAAAAAUUAUGGAUUCGGUGGUUAAAGUUUUGUCCCUGAAUCAACAGAGAGCGAGCGUUACAUCCAUGUUUUCGGAAGACGACUGGGGUGAAUCGCCUUCCUUUUCGGAAGCUUUCAAACCUGAGCCUACCGCACCUCCGACCCAACCAACCCAACGGGUUACAUCCAAAUCCCAUCGGAUGAAAGUGGAGGAGGUGAGGCGCGAUCAUCAAAGCGCUGAUCAUAAUAGUGAUCGUCGACGUUCCCGAUCGGUGGACAGUAGUACUGCACAACUUCAUUCCAUGACUACUGCCACCAGUUCCGAAAGUGUGAUGUCUCGACAAAAAUCAGCACGGUCUGGACGUCGCAAUGACCCACGUUCUAAAUCAUUGGAUCCAGCAGCUAGUAGAAUAGCGGAAGAUGGGCCAUUCUCAUCGUCAUCGUCUCCGUUCGCUGUCAUGCCUGUGGAUAGGGAGCGAUUGGCUGGACCUCGCGAAAGGUGGGGAAGGGAUGCCUCCUUCAGGUUCUAA